AGGAGAGCAACAUGAACGAGUGCCCCGAAUGUCAUCAAGAUUUUUCGACAAGGGAUGUCAUGUUAAGGCAUCAACGAGGCAAACAUAAAUCAAUGGCACCGCCACCAUCACCACUUAUCCGCAGUGAAGCGUAUCCGCCGCCGCAACUUAUGCGCAGUGAAGCGUAUCCACCGCCGCCGACGCCGCCGCUUAUGCGCAGUGAAGCGUUUCCACCGCCGCCGCCACUUAUGCGCAGUGAAGCGUAUCCGCCGCCGCCGCCGCCGCCACUUAUGCGCAGUGAAGCGUAUCCGCCGCAGCCGCCACCGCCACCGCAGGAUCCUCCUAUGACAUUGUUACAACAUCCAUUUACCAUGAUGAUCUUUGGUCCAACAGCGUGUGGGAAAACAUCAACGGUCAAAGAUUUGUUGCAGAAUCAUACAGCUAGAAUUCAGCCAACAAUACAAAGAAUAGUGUGGUUGUAUAAACGAUGGCAGCCAUUGUAUUCAAUUAUUCAAAGCUCUGUUUUACCACGAGUAGAGUUUAUUCAGGGCAUUCCUACAGGCCUUGAUGAUGACGAAUUCUUUAUAUGGACAUAUUUCAUACCGCGGCGAGGAGAAACAAAAGUAAAAGGAGAAUGCUUUCAGAAAAGAUGGGUAUAUUUCAUAACGCGGCGAGGAGUAGCAAAACCAAAAAGAGAAUGCUUUCAGGAAAGACGGAUAUAUUUGAUAACGGGGCGAGAAAUAGUAAAAAGACUGGACACCUAAAAAGUAAGAAACAACAAAUGUAUAUACCCGUGGUUCUUCCAGCGAAACAGAUGACCGCCAUAAGUAAGAGUAUGCUCGAAGGUUGGGCUAAACCUAAAGAUGUAUCAAUCGCUAAACCUAAAGAUGUAUGUAUUAUAGGUCGGGAAGAAAUGAAACAGUCCAGUGAAAAACGCAAACGUCCCAGAUUAGACGAUAACACGAAAAAGAGUAAGAACGUUUUCCUUCACUCCUCAUCUAUUUUUAGAACAUUGAAGACGAUGUUUCAGCGAGAUUCUAGAAACUGAGGAAAUUCCAAAGUUGGACGGAGUGUAUGACACGGAAUAACGGGAAGAUUCAAAAUGAUAACGAAUGAACUAUUAUGAGCUUCGAGAGACUAUUAAAGUCAUAUCUAUUUAUGUACAUACAUAUAUACAAAAGAUUAAACGAAGUAAUACAUUAUCGCAGAAUGAUUCACAUUUAAGAACCUGAUUAUAUCCAAAGUGUUGAUACAAUAAAAGACAUUUAGUUCACCUAGA